AUGUAUUGCUUCUCAAGUACUUCUCGUUUACUACGAUCCUUCACAUCAAAACCUUCCUCCCAAUUAGCCCGUGGUCUUGCUACGUUGGCUUCACAACACACACUUCAAGUUUUGGAAGCCCCAUCUCUUUCUUAUGCCCAGCACCGCGAUCAUGUCGACCGUGUAUCCUCCCAACUUGAGCGUACGAGAAUGCUCAAGAUCAGACUUGGCUUCUCUGAUGACUCAAGUUCCUAUUUGAAGCAGCUUCUCGUCAGUCUUCACAAACAUCACAACCAUCAUCUACCUAUAUCGCAUAGUGCGAGGCAGGGCUGGUUUUGGGAUGUCCGUCCCAGCAAAACGAUGUUCCAGGCUGGCGAUCAUCAGGCUCGAUCGGAAACAAUGUCAGAAUUUCCUUGGCACACAGACUGCAGCUACGAAGAUCCAUUGCCACGAUAUUUCGCCCUCCAAGUCCUUCAGCAUGAUCGUUACGGAGGCGGCACUCUAUCCGUCAUGAACGUUGAGAAGCUCAACGAACUACUCUCACCAGAAAGCAAGGCGGCUCUCAUGUCUGCCGAAUUCCGCAUUGAGAUUCCGCCAGAGUUCAUCAAGGAAGCCGACAGAAAACACAUUACUGGAAGUAUCCUCAAGUCAAACGGCGAGUCCACCAUGAUUCGUUUCAGGGAGGAUAUCGUCACACCAUUAACGGACCGAGCGAGAUUCGCACUGAAAGAGCUCAGGGAGGCGCUCAUGCAGCAGGAGGUUCAGGCACACACAACCGUGCAUCUCAAAUCGUCGGAUUUGCCGAAGGGUUCCAUCAUUCUAAUGGACAACCGUCGCUGGCUGCAUUCUCGGAAUGACAUCAAGGACCCAGAGCGUCAUCUUCGAAGGGUGAGAUGGGAUGCAUGUGCUUUCAAUAAUUAA